AUUCAGCGGCACACAUGGCGACACCUGCAGUAUCAGUAUAAUAAUUGAAAAUAAAGUUAAAAUUAAAGUUAAAUUAAAUAAACGUAUUGGAAAAUAUAAUUUACAAAGCAGAGCAUCGGUUGAACACACCGCGCAGAAAAUUUACCACUUCUAUCAGCCGGCAUACGGAGAAUUGUGUUUGUGAUUGUAUUUAUUGAAAAAAUUAGAAAUUAAAAAUAUGACUGCUUUUGAAGAGUUUGGUGUUUUGCCAGAAAUAGCCAAGGCAAUUGACGACAUGGAAUGGACUCUACCCACGGACGUUCAAGCCGAAGCAAUACCACUUAUUCUUGGUGGUGGUGAUGUUCUGAUGGCCGCAGAAACUGGUUCAGGUAAAACCGGUGCUUUCUGCUUACCAAUUUUACAAAUAGUGUGGGAAACAUUACGAGAUCUUGAAGAGGGUAAAGUGAGUAAGUCUGCGGGAGCAGGAGGAAGUAUUGCCCCGUGGACGAUGUCAUUCUUUGAUCGUGGUUCAGCACUUGCUGUGACACCAGAUGGCCUGCGUUGUCAAUCUCGAGAAUUUAAAGAAUGGCACGGUUGCCGAGCAACAACCGGUGUUCACGGAAAAGGUCAAUUUUAUUUUGAAGCGACCGUUACGGACGAAGGUCUUUGUCGAGUUGGUUGGUCUACACAACAAGCGAAUUUAGAUCUUGGCACUUGUCGUAAUGGUUACGGAUUUGGUGGUACAGGAAAAAAGUCCAAUAAUCGUCAAUUUGACGACUAUGGCGAAGCAUUUGGGAAAAACGAUGUUAUUGGCUGUUUCCUCGAUCUACAACGUUUUGAAAUAUCUUUUGCUAAGAAUGGAAAAAAUCUUGGGAUAGCCUUUCGAAUACCAGAAAAUCAGCGCAAAGAAACUUUUUAUCCAUCAGUAGUAUUAAAAAAUGCUGAAAUGUUGUUUAAUUUUGGGAAGACAGAAUUCAAAAAUCCUCCAAAAGAUGGCUUCAUUGCUGUUGCUUUAGCUGGACCAGAACGUUCCAAAUCGAAUCCGCUCGCAAGUCCCGCAACUAACGCCGCGGCGAGUAAACCUGCUCCAAACGCACCCCAGGCAAUUAUUAUUGAACCAAGUCGUGAGUUGGCAGAGCAAACCUAUAAUCAAAUCGAAAAGUUUCGAGUGCAUUUAAGUAACCCAGAUGUUCGUUCCCUCUUACUUAUUGGAGGUGUUAAACUAGAGCAACAGAAAAGUGCUCUUCAACAAGGUGUACAUAUUGUUGUUGGUACACCUGGUCGGCUCGAAGAAAUGAUUAGUAGUGGAUUUGUGCAGUUAACUCAUUGCAGAUUUUUUGUAUUGGACGAAGCUGACGCUCUACUUAAACAAGGCUACACUGAUUUAAUUGAUCGUCUACAUAAGCAAAUUCCAAAAAUGACCUCAGAUGGUCGUCGUUUACAGAUGGUAGUUUGCUCCGCAACACUACAUGCGUUUGAGGUGAAAAAGAUGGCUGAUCGUUUAAUGCACUUUCCCACUUGGGUAGAUCUUAAGGGUGAAGAUGCAGUUCCCGAAACAGUACAUCAUGUAGUUUGUAUGGUAGAUCCACAAAAGGAUACAUCCUGGAGUAAUCUCCGACAACACAUACGAACCGAUGGCGUACACAGUCGUGAUAAUAUAAGUCCCCAAAAUCAUACACCCGAAACAUUUUCGGAGGCCGUUAAACGUCUAAAAGGCGAAUAUUGCAUUGCGGCAAUUGAGCAGCAUAAAAUGGAUAGAGCAAUAAUAUUUUGUCGCACCAAAUUGGAUUGCGACAAUUUGGAAAAUUAUUUCAAAUCCCGUGGUGGACAACGAUAUUCAUGCGUUUGCCUGCAUGGUGAUCGCAGACCACAAGAACGCAAGCAGAAUUUGGAAACGUUUAAACGUGAGCAAGUGAAAUUUCUCAUUUGUACUGAUGUGGCGGCAAGGGGAUUAGAUAUAACUGGUCUACCUUUCAUGAUUAACGUUACUUUGCCGGAUGAGAAGUCAAAUUAUGUACACCGUAUUGGCCGUGUUGGACGUGCAGAGCGUAUGGGCUUGGCUAUUAGUUUGGUGGCCACAGUGCCAGAAAAAGUUUGGUACCAUGGUGAAUGGUGUGCAACAAGAGGCCGAAAUUGCCAAAAUACAAAUUUGACUGACGUGCGUGGUUGUUGUAUUUGGUAUAAUGAAAUGAAUUUAUUGGCUGAUAUAGAGGAUCACCUCAACAUUACCAUUCAACAAGUUGAUAAGUCUUUGGAUGUACCAAUAAAUGAUUUCGAUGGAAAAGUUGUGUAUGGCCAGAAAAAUAUAAAUACCGGAACUGGUUAUAAAGAUCAUGUGCAACAGUUAGGACCAGUUGUGCAAAAACUUACUGAUCUUGAACUAAAGGCACAAUCUUUAUUCUUAAAACGUUUAAAAUUUUAAGUAUACAUUUAUUAUGCGCAUUUGCAAUAAUGCACACAUACAAUAAUAUUAAUAACAUUAUGCAUACAUACAAUAAUAUUACAAAUUAAUUUCUUAACUGAAAGCUUGGAAGCAAUGUGGACGUUAUCAUUACAGCAAGACAUCAUACAUACACACAUACUCUUAUGAAAUGCAUAGAUAAUAAAAUU